AUGGAAAUCACUAAGGAAAAUUUGCGUGCGAUAAUUUUUUACAACUAUCAAAGGGGAUUAUCGCGACUUCAGUGCUUUGAGGAAAUCACUUCUGUGUUUGCUGAUGUAGCACCAUGUCGUAGGACUAUAGAACGAUGGUAUAUAGAAUUUCAACGUGGGCACUCUAGCCUCAGUGACAAGCCACGUGAAGGUCGUCCAAAAACCGCCAUGACGCAAGAGAAUAUUGAAGCCGUGCGGCAACUAAUCCUCGUAGAUCGUCAUGUGACAUACCGUGAGAUAGAGGCAUCCGUGGACAUUUCAGGGACCACUGUCCAAAAAAUCCUGCAUGGAGAACUUGGCGUAAGAAAGUUGAUCUCUCGUUGGAUACCACAUUUGCUUAGCGACGACCAAAAAAUAGCCCGUGUUAGUUGGUGUCGCAAAACUCUGCAGCGAUUCAACCGAGGAGAGUCAAAGCAUGUUUAUGAUAUGGUUAGUGGUGACGAGUCUUGGAUAUAUGCUUACGAUCCAAAUUCUAAGCAGCAGUCAACUGUUUGGGUCUUCCAGGAUGAGCCAAAGCCGACCAAAAUCAUUCGCUCACGGAGCAAUAAAAAAAAAAUGGUUGCCUCGUUUGUGGCAAAGGGUGGUCAUGUCGCCACUACUGUACUUGAAGAUUGCAAGACGGUUACCGCUGACUGGUAUACCACUGUUUGUUUGCCACAAGUUAUCACCGAAUUUCGAAAAAACAAUUCAAGACGUCGUAUGAUACUGCACCAUGACAAUGCAAGUUCGCACACCGCCCGUCAAACAAAGAUGUAUUUGAGCACCCAAAAUGUCGAAAUUUUGGAUCAUCCGCUUUACAGCCCUGACUUAAGCCCUAACGAUUUUUUUACGUUCCCCAAAAUUAAGAAAAGUCUUCGUGGUCAACGUUUCAGCUCACCCGAAGAAGCUGUUGACGCGUACAAAUCGGCCAUUUUGACUACCCCAACUUCGGAGUGGAAUAAAUGUUUUAAAAACUGGUUUGAACGUAUGCAAAAGUGUAUUAAAUGUCGCGGAGAAUAUUUUGAAAAACAAUAA